UGCAAUUCUGCUGUAAGUUAAGUACGUUUUCCCUAAUUAGUGAAGUAUUUAUCGAUAGAUUUCCGGCUUAAUGUUAAUGUUUAAGCUUAACAUGGUCGGAAAAGAUGGAGAUCUUGACAUUUCUUAUUACUUUGAUUUUUAUACUAAAAGUACACGCACAAUAUGAAGUCUUCACCAACCAAUUUCCUUGGGUAAUAGCGAAGUCUAAAUGUGAAGAUAAGAAAGGAAAUUUAGCAAUAUUACGAGCGUCAUCAAGAAUAAUAAAUAUCACACAAAUAGACGCAAGUCUCGAACCAGACACCAUGUACUGGGUUGGUGGCCGUCUUCACGAUAAUGGGUGGAACUUCUAUGACAAUAGGUGUACAGAGAACUCAACAGAGAAUGAGGUACCAUCAAAAGAAGUUAUAAUAUACAAAGGUUGCUUUCGUUCUUCCCUUAUUAAAGGAGGAUUUCAACUUCAGAAUGUCAACACAAGAAAUUGUUUCGAACAAUGUGGGUGGAAAGGAACAAUUGGUUUAUAUAGUACGAUGUGCCUAUGUGAACACCAUUUACACCAGCUAACAAGAUUGUCGAAUGAUGAAUGUAACAUAAAAUGCACUCAUUGUAAGAGCGAUACUUGUGGAGGAAUAAAGGGUGUGUCCGUCUACAGUUAUAAAAGGAGUCCAAUUGACAACAUAUCCAAUGACACAACCGGGGAAAUGUGUGCUUACGUACAGAUAAAUCAGUCAGGAGCUAGAAAAAUGUAUCCUGCAGACUGCUUUACUCACAUGAAGUAUAUAUGUCGAUUUGACAGUGAUGCAUAUUGCGGACAAACAACACACUGUUUCCGGUCAUCUUUCACAUCUGACACUUGGUCCAAGGCCCGGCAGACUUGUAGGGCUCUAAGUGGAACCUUGGCCUCUACAAACAUUAAUGGCGACCUUCCUUCUGGGAAGUUCUGGGUAGCCAUUAAAAAGGACGUCACGUGGAGAUGGCUGGAUGACAGCACGAUUUCUUCCUCUCAGCUCUCAUUGUGGACAAUCUCAGGCGGAUCAAUCAACAGAUCAAGGGGAAAUUGUUUGGCCCUCCGUGUUUCAACCUCGGACCUUGCUGAAUUAACGACCGCGGAAUGUGAUAGAAAACUAAACUUUGUCUGUCAAUAUGGAAAUUACGAAGAUGCACCUUUCUUCUCAACUUCUAUUGAUCUAAAUGUUAUUGUCAAUGACCCAAGCACGUAUAAAAAUAUAACAAAUCAACCUAAACCAAAGAGAGAAAAAUUACUUCUAACAAGUAAGUGUGCCGUUCUAUAUCUUGGAGCUGGAGUGUUGUCUGGAAUGGCAUUUGUGUUUGCUGUAACAGUUUUCGUUUACAUGGCAAGACGCUGUUGUGUGAAUUCAAACUCAGACUUCAAACCCCUUAAGUCCUAUAAAGAAAAGCCAGAGAUUGUCCACUGCAAACCAAUCGGAGAGUGGCGGGAAAAAGUAGAAAUACAUCACGACCCGAGGACAGAUUGUCAAAGAAAUGAAGAAAUAUUGGGAGAAUGGUCCAGAGAGGGAGAAACAAUGGGAGACUGGCAUAGGACCGAAGAGAAGGUUGGUAAAUGGCAGAAAGGUGGUGACCUAGUGUAUGACGUACCAUCAGAAAAUCGACAUGAGGCUCUCUUCAGAGAAAACCAGCGUAUUAUCAAGCAGGGUUCUUGGAGACGAGGGAAUGAAAUACAGGGAACACGAAAAUCUCACAGUGGAUCCUGGAGAGAGGGUCGCCUGAAAGAGCGGCCUGUCAUGGGUUGUGAAAUUCUAAACACCUAUCCCAGUCAGGAACGAGACUUUCGAGAUACUAGUUAUACUAUCCACAAAGUCCAGACCGAGUAUCAUAGACGCCCGAAAGAGAAUGGAAGCACUGUGAUAGACACAGACUAUCAGGAGAGAGAUCUAGAUCUGAGAUUGCGCCAACCGAUGCCACCACCCGGAAAUGACGUAUUUUUGGCUGAUACGUACAGUUUCCCUCUUACCAACAGACAGUCCUCGGUUGAAGUUCCUAUGGAUCCCUCCGAGUUGUACGCAACAGUACACCGAGCUGUAUUUAAAGACGAAGAGAAUGAAGACCAAAUGGUUUCAUUAGUUUAAAGAAAACAACAUUUUCAUGCCUUGUAUGUACAUGUAUACUACAUGUAUUAACUUUAUUUGAUUCAAUAUGUGUAUCUUUAUGAUUGAU